AAACCAAAUACAGAGGAGCACUAUUAUCAAUCAUCAGUAAUAAAAUACUUAACAUUUCAUGACAAAGUUUUUAUAUAUUAUUAUUAUAAUAUAUUAUAGUGUCCCAAAAAAUACCCCCGUGGGAGGCAACAUCACCAUCAGUCCAUCAUUCUUCUUCCCUAUGAUGUACACUCAAAACUCAUUGGAGCUUCACAUUUACUCCUCCCAUGUCUUUUUCUCUUUACCCAAAUCAAUUAAAUUAAACUAAAUCCUGCCUGCCUGCAUUUUCACUAAGAUCUCCCCUCUUCUUUUCCUUUUCUUUCCUACAUUGUGUCCCCAAUACUAAUGACAUUGGAGCAGUGCCAGAGCUCUUUGUUUCUUCAAAUCUUAAGCCUUUAAGAUGAAAUUAGAUAUUCGGAAAGAGGAUAUUGGAUCAUCCUCAGCACGAAGUCUGGAUGGAAGCUUCAGAAAGCCAAGAUCGGAUGCUCAAAACAAUGAUGUGGAGUCAUCCUCAGGAAGAAGUCUGGAUGGAAGUUUUAGGAAGCCUAGAUCUGUUGCCUCUGUACCUGCUGCAUCUAUCAAUUCAAAAACAUUUGUGCCAGCAUCAGAGGUUUAUAAAGUGAUCAAGGAAUGUGCUUCUAGACUUGUCGACCAAAAUUUGUUUACUCAAUAUCUUGAAGAUUGGGUUCUGGAUAAUUUACACUCACAUAAAAACAAUGGUGAAAUUCAUCCCCAUUCACCAUUUCAAGUUGAUGAGAUUUGCUCCCUUGAUUUGGCACUGGAGGGGGUGCUAUUUCAGCAAAUGUUUCGCAUGCCUUUUUCGUCUCCUGAUGCUGAAGGUCUAAGAGAGGAUGAACUUCUGGCUCUUGAUGAUCUUCUACGUACGAUGGCAGAAGGCUUGUGGCAUACCUUUUGGCACAGAAACAAGCCCAUGCCUUUUCAUGUAUCAUUUGCUCGCUAUCCUGGAUCCAAGUUUUAUACCAUUGAGAAAGCAACAUCUAAAGGGAGGCUAAAUGAGCUUUCUGGUGCUGCAUUGAUUUCAAAAACUGGUGGCAAGCUCCGAAGUCGCUGGCAUGACGUGAUUUUGUGCUCCUUAUUGAAAGAUAAUAUCAUGAUGGGUGAUGAAUAUUGUUUUUCUUCUAUCGUCGCUUGUGAAGCACUUUUCUAUGCUGUUCAUAUCCUUCUUGCUCGCAGCUUGAGUAAGGGUAACACAGUUAGGAAUGAAUGCGUUUUCAUUUUGGUACUUGACUCCAAGCUUGGAGGUGUAAUAAAAUUGGGUGGCGACCUUGGCAAUCUUGAGAUGGACUUGAAUAACCCUUACCAGUCUGUUGCAGAAUGGAUCAAGUGUCAUGCAGAAGUUUGCUUUUCACCCAUCGAGCAAGUAUGGAACAAGUUGGGAAACGUAAAUUGGCGAGACUUGGGAACUCUGCAGCUGCUUUUGGCAUCAUUUCAUUCUAUUGCCCAGUGUGUUGGACCACCAAGAAAAUCCAUAGACUCUCUUGCUUCAAACCACAUCCUCCGUCUUCAUCAGCGUAGAAUAGAGUGCCGCCUAGCGGAGAAUGACAGUUACUUGGUUUCUCCACAUGAUGAGGAUCACCAUCAAGAAAUUGCAGAAAUUGAAUCCCAUAAUAACCAGAAUCUCAACAGGCAAGAGCGACUUGUGAAGCUUAACGAGGAUGAAAUAUUGGUUAUUGAAGACCGCCACCUGCAACAAAGAAGUUUUCAGAUACAAGGAUCCCUAGCUCAAGGAAUCUCAUCUUAUGUUGCUGUGUCCUUGGACAAUCCCACGGAGCUCUUAACAUUAUACGUUGGUGCCCACACUUCUCGGUUGGAGCCAUCAUGGGAGGAUAUGAGUCUGUGGUACCAAGUUCAAAGGCAAACUAAAGUCCUGAACAUCUUUAAGGAGCAGGGUAUUACUAGCAAGUUCUUGCCUGAAGUAAUUGCCUCAGGCAGAAUUCUACAUUCUGGUCCUUGUGAGAAGCAAAGCCCAAAGGGAUGUUGUGACCAUCCUUCAUGUGGAACCCCUGUACUUGUAACUUAUCCUGUAGGUGAAAUGCUUUCAUCCAUUGUGGCGCAACAUGGUCCAUUUUCCGCUGAAGAAGCAAUUCGUUGCUGCCGAGACUGCCUAGCAGCCUUGAGAAGUGCAAAAAUGGCUAACAUUCAGCAUGGUGAUAUCUGUCCUGAACACAUAAUCUGUGCAGUUGAUAGAACAAGAUGUAGCUGUCUGUACAUUCUAGUCUCCUGGGGCCGUGCAAUUCUAGAGGAUAAAGACACAGCACCAAUAAACUUACAGUUUUCAUCUUCAUAUGCACUUCAAAAUGGGAAGCUUUGCCCCUCAUCUGAUGCAGAGUCUCUGGUUUAUCUCAUGUAUUUCAUUUGUGGUGGAAGCAUGAAGCAGCAAGACUCCAUAGAAUCUGCAUUACAUUGGAAGCAAAGAUGCUGGGGAAAGCGUGUCAUACAGCAGCGAUUAGGUGAGGUUUCACCCGUCUUAAAAGCAUUUGCUGAUUAUAUAGACAGCCUGUGUGGAACUCCAUAUCCAGUUGAUUAUGAUACUUGGUUGAAGAGACUAAGCAGGGCUGUGGAUAACUCUGCAGAUAGGGGGAAAACCAUUGAUGUGGCAUUAAAUACACAGGAUAUGGGUGAGUCCUCUGGGACGUCUGGGGGUGGAAAUUCUUCGACAUGCUAAUAAGACUACUUGACAUACAACUAGUUUUCAAUUUUUUAUUCCAUAUUGUUUUGGUUCUCUAUCUUUUGGCCAAUUCUCAUACCUUAAGUUUCACGGAAGAUUUUGUACGUGGGGUGUUGUAAGGGUAAUUAUGGCUACUACUUUUUGGGGUGUUGUUGUAAGCUGAUUCACUUGGUGCCUGCAAUUGAUGCCCCGGAUAGAAAAGAUUUCUGUAAGUGAAGCAACUAGUGAUGACUGAAUCCGUGGGCUCCUGAAGGUUAAUGACAAUGUUUCAAAGCUUAGAAAAUUCAUCUUGUUUGCUUCAGUGCAAUGUUAUGCAGUCCUUCAAUAUAGCACGAGGAAGACGGCUCUUUUGAGGUUUUCUUUUUUAUUUCUCUCUCUUCCUUAUUUGUGCUUACAAUCUCCUUUCAUUUCUAUCUUACAUUAAUCAUUGAGCCUUCCUUAUCUGUACUUAGAAUCUGCUUUCAUUUCUAUCUCCAUUAAUCAUUCAGCUCAAUAAUUAAUGGUAGAUAGCAAAUAAAGGAGAUGAUUCCUUGGAUGACUUCUCAAUGCCACAGCAGAAGUUCAGUAUUAGCCAAUGUAGAAUAUUUUCCAGGAAACACGUAAACAGAGAAAACGGAAAUGAUCUAAAUAGAGAUGGAGUUGGGCAAAGAGGUUUCAGAGGAGGGUCAGGGAUCAAUGAUUUAUGAAAGUAGAGUCCAUCCC